AUGCAUCCACUUGCUCGCCUUGUUCACAUUAGACCGGAACGCCUUUUCUUAAAGGGCACCGGGGCUGAUAUCGCGCAUCCUAGUUGCAAGGCAUGGUGUAGUGGUAGACCCCUUUCAACGGUACUGGCCUGGCCUCAUAGAUUAUCAUGCCGUUGUUUUGUUAGAAAGGUCUCACAUACGGAUGCGGAAAAAUGGCAACGGGGAACAACGCGGGUCUACUGA